AUGUUAUCUUUAGUAAAUUACGGUGGAUCGAGUGGAAGUGAAGAUGAAAUAUCAGAUGAAGAGGAAAUUGUUGGAAAUAGAGUCGAAACAAAUUCUAUUCAAAAACCUACAAUAAAUCUUCCAAAACCGACCACAACAAGAGCAGCCACAGUAAUUGAAGAAGAUGAUGAGUUUCUACAUAAGAAAGAGAUUCCUUCAGUAGCUCCACCUAAACGAGAAAAGAUUAAAAUUACAAUUCCUCGUUUAGUUAAAGAGAUUGAUGACGACGAAAAUGUUAAAAAAGUGAAAAACUUUCCAGCAAACAAAAAAGCUGGUUUGUUGCAUAUGCUGCCAAUUCCAUCUUACAGUUUUGCUCCAGUACCAAAGCCAUCAUAUUCAGUUUCAAAACCAUCUGAAAAAAAUGUACCCUCAUCUGGAGAAAAUGAAAGUUCAAGAAAUGACUUUGAAAGUGGACAAGGAAUGUCUGAAGAUUAUCAAAUGCAACAAAAUAUUGACGAAGAUGCAAUGAAAGCAUUGCUGGGUGGAAACAAAGCAAAAAGAUCAAAACUAGAUGACAUUCAAAUCAUUGACUUGUCAGCAUCUGAAGUUUUACCAAAUCGAGAUGAGUGGCUUCGCAAAACAUUAGCUGGUGAAACAAGUUACAUGCCCACGGGAAAAAUUCAAGAGAAGGGACCGUCAGUACUUGCGAAACGUAAACACCAGAUUUCAUAUUUAUCGAUGCGUGCUGAAACCAACGAAGCCGAACUGGAAGCAAUGUGGGCCGCCAAUAGGCAAACAAAACGAGAAUCCAAAAGCAAAUACGGAUUCUAAGUUAAACAUAAUUACAAUUUUACUUUUUUUAAGAAAACUGUCAAUAAAGUUGGAAGAGAUUCUUUUGUCUUUCGUAAUUGAUUAUUAGUUGCUUCAUCGAUCACAAUUCAUUAGCUUUCAGUUAGUAGCAGUCAUUUACAUACAGAGAAAAAGAAAUAAGAAGGAAAGAAAAAUCCAUUAAAAAUGAACAAAAAUAAGUUUCAUCCUAACACACAAAAUGCUAAAAAUAAUCUCCAUCAGUCCACAAUAAAAAGUAUGAAAAAAAGAGUUUUUCUC